AUGUCUGGUCGAACGCUGGGCGGCGGCCGCAUCCUCGGCAGCGGCAAGGGCCUCGCCCCGCCGACGCCGGCACCUUCCAUCCCCCCUCCCUCCGGUAGCUCGCUGUCCUACUCGGAGAGCAGCAACUCUCUCGGGCCCUCCUCGCUGUCGCCGCCUGGCAGUGGCCUGACGGACCUCGGUCGAGACAUUGGCGCGAGCAUCAGCCUCGGGGCCCCGACGAAACGCAACGCCGCCGUCGCAUCCCAGCUCGUGUGUCCCAUCUGCAGCGAAGAAAUGAUGACCCUGCUCCAGCUGAAUCGACACAUUGACGAUUUGCACCAAGAACUGGCCGAGGAGCAGCAGGACGAGGUCAAGACGUGGUUUGACAAGCAGGUCCUCAAGGCGAAGCGCUUCCAACCCCUUUCUCUCAUCAACCAGAAGCUUCGAGGCUUGGACGUCUUCGAGUCCAACGAGUCGACGCCCGUGCCGACGCCAGCGGUGGCGAGCGGCGGCAAGGCCAACCUCGACGGACCCGUCGACCCGGACGAGCUCAUAACACGAAGUCACUGGCAGCGAUCGACGGCGUUUGAUGCAUGCACGGACCCUACCUGCGGCAAGAACCUCGGCCACAUCAACGGCAGCAUCAACUGCAGGAAAUGCGGCCGCCUCUUCUGUGAAGACCACACCAUGUACCAGAUCAAGCUGAGCCGAAGCGCCAACCACGAACCGGUACGAGGUCACUGGGCGAGAGUGUGCGAGACCUGUUACAAGUCUAGGGAGGGCUACAACGACCACACCGGCGUCUCCGUCGACCACAUGGGCGCCUUCUCCGACAUCAGGCGGAAGAAGGUGGAGCGGCAGAAUUUAGAAAUUUCAAGGCUCGAGAAGCGCGUGACGAAACUCACGAGGCUGCUGGCCAACCAACCGGAGGCCAUCGCCGGCUCCAACGGUUCCCUCCUGGGCCCCGUUUCCUCUCUCAUGGGACAGAAGGACGCGCGAAAACUGCUGGAGCAAUCGGUUGUGACCUGGGAGGAGGACGAAUCCGUGCCCAAGUGCCCCUACUGCCUGCAGGAGUUUGGUUCCUGGACUUUCAGGCGGCAUCAUUGCCGCGUCUGCGGCCGCGUUGUCUGCGCGGACCCCCAAACAGCCUGCUCCUCCGAGGUGAGCUUGGAUAUUUCCACGGCCGCCGCUCCUCCUCCGCGGAGCCCUUCGGUGAAUGGUGCGUCGCCGGAAAAAGCGCAGGCGAACGGUCUUGGCCAUCUGCGGAUGAGCGUGAGGAUGUGCAGGGAGUGCAGCCACACCAUCUUCUCCAGUCGCGACUUUGCCGCCUCGCUAUUGUACAAACCGCCGGAUCAGAGAUCGUACGAAACCCUUCGCCAGUUCGAGCACGGCAUACGCCAGCUGCUUCCGUCCUUUCACCGCGUCCUCGUCGCCCUGCAGCCGAGAAGGACGAGCACGGGCGAGACGGACCUGUCGAAACCGCCGGCGACGCAUGCGCAGAUCCAGGAGGCUGCCAAGAUACGAAAGCGCCUGAUUGACAGCUUCGGCAAGUACGCCGUGGCCGCCAAGAGGAUGCGAAACCUUCACACCGACAGCUCGACCCGAAAGCGGCUGCAGGAGGCCGUCUACACCUACGCCAACGGAUUCCUCCACACCAACAUGCUGCCCCUCAAGAGCUUACCGCAGAUUCUGAGGCACCAACCUGCCAACUCACCAGCGUCUCGCCUCCUUCCGACGCCGUCGCACUCGUCGUCGAGCCUGCGGCACACGGAACUUGCCGGUUCCGAUGCGGGGUCUCAGGCGGCCAGCGAAACGAGCACGGCCGUCAGCCAGCUCGAGACGGAGGAAAAGGACAUUCGGGAGCGACUCGCCGUCCUCGAGGAGCAGCAGUUCAUGGUCAGGGACAUGAUGAAGAUGGCGACGACCGCCCGCCGCUUCGAGGAAGUCACCGCCUUGGCGGGCAAUCUGGACGAGCUCGACGGCGAGAUUCAGCACCUCCGAAGGAGGGUCGGUGACGUCGAGCAGCGGUGGCAUGGCGUCUACCGUGACAGCGCGCCCGUCUGA